GAGUCAAGGUGUGUGUGAAUGGUUCCACAUUCGAUGUUUUUAUACAUUUUUUCACUUAAUUCUAUUUGGACGGGAUUGAGCCAAGGUGUGUGAAUGGUUUUUUCGUUUCUUAAUGCGCGCAAGAUGGAACAAUCUGAAGUAAUUUAUGAAAUUAAUCAAGAUAAUAUAAUCCAAACGGAACAACAACAAAAGCCGGUAACAUCAACCGCAGUUGAAAUUAAACAAGAAAUUACUGAAAAUAAUAUGGAAAUCGAAAAUGAUCAUCAAAUAUUGAUCGAACAAGAAGGUUAUCAGGUAUCGCUCGAUGAUUUUGUCAAUUUUCAUAAUGAUCAAAUUAAAUCAAUGAAAGAAGAUAACCAUUAUCUGACAAAAGGUUUUGAUAUUAUGUACAAGUACAAAACUGUUUUGGAUCUCAUCAUUGAUGAUUAUUUUAAAGAUGACAAGCAUUUUAAAUAUAAAACCAUUGUCGAAUCAUUGGAAACCGAUCUUGUUACUUUUAUUGCCGAUGAUGAAGAGAAAUAUCAACAAUUGAUUCAAGAAGUUAAUACAGAUAUUGUUUUAAAUGAAGAAAAUCAGCUCGAAUUUGUUGAACUUGAAAAUCCUAAUCAAGAAGAAGAAGAAGUUGUCAAUGGAAUCAAUGAAUUCGGUCCAUCAAUUAUACGUAAACUUCCUGGACAAAAAUCGGCACCGCCACCAGAAUGUCCGGCAUGUGGAUUGAAAACACGUAGCCGUCUUAAAUUGGAAGGACAUUUAUUGGAACACGAAGAUAAUCCAUUGGUUGUUUGUAAUCAUGAAAAUUGUGAGACAGCUUUUGCUUUGCAUGAAUUAACACAACAUGAAAAGGAUUACCAUCCGGAUGUUUGUCUUAUAUGCGAAAUGUGUAAUGAUGUGUUCGAUAACAAGACAACUUUAGUUCAACAUUAUAAGCUUCAUAUAUCGAAAAAGGAAAAAUUGAAAUGUAACUUUCCCGGUUGCGAUUAUACUGAUAUUUAUGCUGGUCGAUUGGAUCGACACAAAAAAACUGCACACAAUAUUGAAGUAACCAGACAAUUCAAAUGCGAUUUUGAAGGAUGUGGCCGUAUAUUCAAAGAUCGACCAUCGUAUUAUACACAUUCAUUGAUACAUAAAGAUCGAAAUCUCGUUUAUAAACACAAGUGCACUUAUGAAAAUUGUGGUGCUGUUUUUAAACGUCGAAGAAAUCUGGCUUUACAUAUGCUGAAACAUGGCUAUGUUAAACGUAAAUAUACAUGCAUGUUUGGUGAAUGCAGACGAACAUAUGCGCGCGAGAAAGAAUUAAUGAGACACAUCGAAGUAGUUCAUCGAGCUCAUUUCAAAAAUGAACCAACUGAUGGAGAAGAAUUGGCAGCCAAUGAAACAGGAAAUGAAGAUGAAAACAAAAAUGAUGAUGAUUCCAACACCGAAGAUGGUGUUCCGUCGGUUAAACGUUUUAGAAAAAACAAAUCAAUCGAAAGUGAAUAUUCUGAUUCACACUUAGAUGAUAAUGAUGAUUCUCCUGCAAAUACGGCAAAGAAAAUAUUGUUCAUGAUGAAUAAAAGUAGCAGUAAUCCACAAGAAUUGGAAAUUAUUGGAGGCAGCGUAAAUGACAUUUUUCAGGAUAAUGAUCUUAUUGGAACCGAUUGUGAACUAUGUCAAAAGAAUUUCGAAUCAGCUGAAGCAUUAAUGAAUCAUUUAAAAGAUCGUCAUCAUCAAUAUACGGUUAAAGCUUAUCGUUGUGAUUAUGAAAACUGUGAAUUUGCAACACAUUUCCGCUCGAUUUUGGGUAAACACAAAAACAAUGUCCAUGGUGGUAAAUACAAAUGUGAAGUUUGUGGCAAAUUAUCCAAAGAUUCUGGCAACCAUAAUCGUCAUCGAAAUAUUCAUAAAAACAUUCUAUAUCGUUGUAGAGUAGCCGGAUGUGAUGCUGUUUAUAAAAGUCCGAAAGCUUAUUAUGUUCAUGUAUUGACACAUUCAAAUGAGCAGCCAGUUUAUGCUUGUGAUCAUCCUGGUUGCAAAUACAUUACCUAUUACGUAAACACAUUGAAUGUACACAAAUUGACACAUUCAGAUAUAAGAAGUUUUUUCUGUCCAUACGAAAAUUGUGGCAAAGGAUUCAAACGUAAUGGUGAUCUUAACAAACAUAUUAUACAUUCACAUAAAGGUGUAAAAAGACCUCAAAAGAAACGUCAACGUCAAUCGAAUAACGAUUCACAAGUAAUAAUGUUCCGUUGUAAAUAUGAAGGAUGUAGUUUCACUAGUGCUGAUAGCGAUCAAAUCAGUAAACAUGAAGAAGAACAUGAACAAGGAAUAGUAACCGAAAACGUCGAAGAAGAAUACUAAUCUAUUUUCUUGUUUUAUUUUAUUAUUAUUAUUAUUAAUUUUGAAUAAAAAUUUUUGAUCAUAUA